AUGCUAAUCGCCACGGUUUCUUUUGUCAUUGCACCAGACAGCACGAAGGCCCGAAUCCUACACCCAUUUGGUGAACUUGAUAUUCAGUCCCUGGUGAGGGUGUCUCGCGGUCAGCAUCUCCUACGCCUUUGGCUCAAAUUAGUAACAAACCUCUCCUUCACACGGGAAGGACAGUCUCUCAUUUUGGCUACACCAGGUGCUGUAGAUGUCCUGAUAAGCCAGGUGAAACUGUGUCGCGGCGUUACCCAAGAAGGCUCGCUACUAUGCCUGCAGAAUGUAUGCUCUAACUCUGCCUUCAAGCCAAUCCUCUUCACCAAAAACUCAGGUCUCGUGGAAUUCCUUGCUCAUCUUCUUGAACCCGGCUCUGGUGCCUCACCAGAACAGUGCACCCUCGCGGUUUCUGCUUUGAUGGCCGCCGCGUACCACUCUCACAAGGUAACUCCCUUUUUCUUCCUUCUUAACUCGUAUGCGUUGCGUUUUGUUUAG